UUGUACCUUCGCCUUUUCGUCCAUUUUGGGAGUCCAAGCUAAGUCUGCUAAGCUAACUGCUAUGUGGAGCUGCAGACAUGGAUGACGGCGACGAGCUCGGAAUAGUUCUCUCCCACAACACAUCCUCUGGUUCCAAGUCGGGUGGUGACAAGAUGUUUUCAUUAAAAAAGUGGAACGCCGUUGCGAUGUGGAGUUGGGAUGUCGAAUGUGAUACUUGCGCCAUUUGCCGGGUGCAAGUGAUGGAUGCAUGUCUCCGAUGCCAGGCGGAAAACAAGCAAGAGGACUGUGUUGUUGUUUGGGGAGAAUGUAACCAUUCCUUCCAUAACUGCUGCAUGUCCCUUUGGGUGAAGCAGAACAAUCGGUGCCCCCUCUGCCAGCAAGACUGGGUGGUUCAGAGAAUCGGCAAGUAAGGCCAGCACCUUCGCGACGUGAUUCACAGACUUCAGCUGCACGCAUCCGAGGGUGGACACAGAUCUGGCCAUGAUCAUUACGACGCCCCAUGCAGAGCCGCUGUCUACAUCUUGCCUCGGCAAUUUGAUUGCAUGUUCCAGUCCUCCCAGUGUCAGAGGCGGGCAAUGAACUAACAAGUGGAUGCCAACCACAAUCUGACUGACUCGUGGCUCAUGAUUGAUGUGCAAGGAUGAAGAAAGAGGAUGACACUUUACAGCGCGCGGUCACUUGUUAGCUUUUGAGUUUUUUUGUUUUUUUGGGCGGGGGGGUCAAAUAUGUGACUUUAAUUUUUAGGAAUAAAAAAUGAUAUACUGUAUGUAAAUGGAUGUAUUUUGCUUCUUUUUAGUGCAGUUUUGGGAUGAUUUCAAUUCAGUGGCGGGCCGUGCAUUUCAACCUUAGGCCUUCGGUGACGUCACAUACAUGAACGCAAUAUAGGCUCGUCAGGCAGCACUUAAUUUCAGGUGCAUUUAAAACCAUCAAGUAUGCAUUCACAAUUAAGAGCAGGAAACUAAAUUUACAUAUAUUGUCAAAAAUAAAAAUGAUUUAAAAAAUACUAAAUAAAAUGCCACCCAAAUUACGCUGUGUGAUCAUAAACAAGUCUGUCCAAUAAAUUGCACAAUGUCGCGGUUUCAUAUAAGACACCAACCACACGAUAACAAAACAAACUAUUCUUUGAGAAUAAAUUAACAGAUCAUUUGCAUUUUGAGAAUAGGCUAUACAACAGCAAAUAACUGAAAAUGUUGAGCAGCUGAGAUUGAACGAAUUUUAGUGCACGAAGCUGACUACAAUGCGCCAUUAUAAAUUGCAGGUGAGCCAAUUUAUUUGAUACAUUUUUGUAUCUUUGUCAUUUUAUUUCGUUACCAUUAAUACUAACGAAAUAAAAUAAGAGGAAA